AAAUAAAAUCUGGUGGGGAGAGUGGGGCGCCGUAUAAAAAUCCUAAGGACCGUCUGUGCAGGACAAUUCGUGGAAAAACCUCGUGCGCUCUACUAUACCAUCGCAGCCGUGUAGUCUUUGCGAUCGUCGUCGUCGCCAUAGUUUUCGUCCGUCGUGCCAUAUCCGAUACUCGUCACCGUCGUCGUAAAUUCGAUCGAUCAAACAUAAAGUUAUAUUACUCUCAGCAAUGUCGAGAUUAGUUACAGUCUUAUUCGCGGUGGCGAUUGCAUCCUCGUUGGUAGCAGCUGAACGACCCGAAGCCCGUAAGAUCGAUACUGGACUCGGAGACUUUAAGGUGGUGUUCAAGGUGUUUCAAGAUUGUUCAAAGGCGCAGUUUGGACCAUGUCUCAAACACAAACUAUUGACAGCCCUUGAUCGGAUCAGUGAACAACCGGAAAUGGAAUUAUUCGAUGGUGUCCGAUUGGUUAAAGACCCGGCCGUUGCUCUAAAUGACGUCGCCAAUGACAUGUCUUCGGCCAGGUCUGCUAGCGAUGACGAGACGACCAGUUUGGAUACGUUGGUCAUUGACAGAGUGAUGAAAUUUUUCAAAAGCCGCAGUCUUCAGUUCAAACUUCUCGACAACGAAUCGAGAGAAAUGGGCGAUGGUCGUAAAAAGAGCAACAAGUACAACUCGCUGCUCAUGUAUCCGUUCAUGAUGGGUGGCAUGACCAUACCAUUGGCUUUCGGUGUGCUCGCUCUGUUGGCCGGCAAGGCACUGAUCAUCGCCAAGCUGGCGCUGGCCCUGUCCGCCAUCGUGGGUUUGAAAAAGCUGUUCAGUGACCAAGGAGGCAGCAGCCACGAGUACAUCACUCACGGAGGCAGCGGUGGACAUUACCGCCGGAGCCUGCCUGGCGAACCGAUUUCCGCAUCUAACAUGGCGUACAGCUCAUACAUGCCAGUCUACGAGGAACCCAUCCGGAGCACCACGUCCAACGCGAUCCCUCUGCGAUGAUCGACAGUAUAACAUUAUUCGUGGCCGACUACAUAAUACAACGUCUUCCUCAUAUUAUAUACGGAAGACAAAGAUUAUUAUUUAUUGAAAAAUGGUAUAACAUUUAUAUUAUUAACUAGAAUUAUUAUUAUUAUUAUUAUUAUUAUUAUUGUAUUAUUUAUUUCGAAUCGAAUAAAUUCGAUUAGCCUUUAUAACUUAA